AACAUUAACUGCCAACCUUUCAAUCUGGAGUCACUCUUCAUGUUGCUGUAAUGUUGCUGCCCUUGUGCUGAAUCUCCUAGCAACAGAGACCUGUUUACCUAUAAAACCACCAAGACAAGAGAGGUGAACAAACAACCUGGAGUUGCAGGGCUGCUCACAUGCCCAGAGGAUUUUUGCUAUCCAUCACUGUUGUCAGUGAAGGUUUCCAUUACAGCAGUCACAGACGGCUGAGCAGGGGAAGAUAGUCAUGCUGACUGUUGGAGCACCAGGCAGCAGGGGACGGCUGAGCGGCAACACAGUCAAACUCUACAAUACUUCUUAUAGGGCGUCUUAUGACGCAGGCAGGGUGUUCACUUCUUGCAUCGGACAUCCCAGUGGGACAGGCUUCACGGCAAACCAGAGACCAGCCAUUUAUUACAGGCCCGGAUUGGACCACAUUGACAACCCUCAGUUUGGACUCCUGUUAUCUGACAGCUUAAUUUCUCAAACUAAACGACACUUCCAGCCUCACAUCCGGUCUGAUUGCUCGGGGUCUUUGCCAAACCUCGUUAACAAACCCAGAGAGAGCGGCUUCCAUCAGCUGAGGAGUCAUCCGAAAGCAGUGACUGCAGAGGAGAAGACAGAAUACCGAAGUUUGUUUGUACCUCAUCGUUUCACACCAACAGUUUCCCAGAACCGUGUGACUGUGGGUCCAAAAGAAGAAAGUGGUUUCACUGAGGGAACAGACCUUCAACUAAACACAUUUCAGGAGAAAAAAAGCUGCAUGGUUGAACCUCGCCAAACUCACAGCUCAGUGAUGAAAAGUGACUUCAUGCAACCGUCAUUUCUGCAGGGCACUGAGGCGAUAUCGGGCCUGUGCAGCCAUUCUGCUCGAGAAACAGGAUUCACUCGAGGUGCCAUCGCUCCCUUGGCCUGCCCAACCUCUCUUCUGCCAUCACCCCACACUAAAAGUAAUGCACCAAGUGAGAAGACCGUCGGAAAAAAGGAGCCCACAGGAUUUCUUCUCAAUGCUCCAAACAACCAGGCUUUCCCUAAUUCACCUUUUGACUGUUCACACUUCACUACACAUUACAAGAGCACGUUCUGUCAUCAGGCUGAUUAUGAAAAGUUGAAAUCUGGCCACACUGGCGCAGGAAUCCUCAGUGCAAAAAUGGACAAUGGCUACAAUCGUCGAGACAUGGACAGAUUCAUCUUUAGGGGCUAGACCUUCACACACCUGUGAUGGUACCUGCAUGACUACUCAUCACAAAAAUAAAAUUUCUUGUUAACACAAUGCAA